UUUUAUUUCAUUCUGAUUACACGAUACGUUAUGAAGUACGUGUUAAAUUAAAUAAAGAGUAUAGCUAACAAACAACGCAACUGUGGUGGUGCAAUAUGGUUUACGAUUCGUGAACAUAGUUCGUGUUUGUAAUCAUUAAAACGUGUGUUUUCCUUAGAUUUAAUAAUGAAUAACGAGAGAAAAACCAAGAUACCAGCGGCACCUACAUUUUCUAGCAGCGGCAACCUGUUGUCGAAUGUCGCACCACCAACAGAAUUGCCAAAUUUUGUAACCACAACCGCGUCGCAAAAUCCACCGGCUUCCAAGACUCCUGAUGUGGUGCCACCAGCAUAUGCAAUACCAGCAUCACAACUGCCACCUGUAAGCCAAAAUAUUGGCACAAAACCUGAUCAACCCUCACCAGAGAGCCCUGAGAAGUUUAGUCCAGCCAUACCACUAUGCAAAGGAGAGCCUACUUUACCCAUAAGGUCACCAGAAGACUCUUUGACAACUCUGUCACCUGAGUCAAUGCCUGAUUCUAUCCCAGAUAUGGAAAUGGAGAAGAUUGGUGACAUAAUGCCAGGCAGUGGCUUACUCACAUGGAUGAAAGGUGCUGUCUCUACUGGAGGGAUUUUACAAAGAGUAGCAGAGAAGGCAAAGAGUUCAGUAGACUCAAUGAUAACCACACUAGACCCACAAAUGAAGGAAUAUCUAAGAAGUGGCGGCGAUAUGGUCGUAGUUGUUGCAUCAGAUAAAGAAGCAAAAGUGUCCCCGGUCAGAGAGGCUUUCCAAACUGUCUUCGGAAAAGCAACUGUAGUCGGCUACCCGGCGGUCAGUGACGUCACAGCCGAGCAGCCCGUCAGCUACGCAGCCGCGUACGCGUCCGCCAAGCAGCGCAUCGCGUACAUCCGCUCCGUGCACGGCGAGCUCACCAACAACGUGCCCGUGCUCGCUGUCGAGGGCUUCGUGCAGGAGACAGUCACUGACAGAUGGUACGCCUUGGACCUGCUGGUGCUGUCGCAGCCGUCGCUCGGCAUCGAGCUGCAAGUGCAGUCGCAGGCCACGCCGGUGCCGGCGGCGGCGGUGGCGGCGGCGCAGGCGGCCACCCCACCCGACUACACCCACGCGCAGACCGGCUACAGUGUCACCAUCGGUUCCAUCAUGGCUGCCAACUUACAGGUUCCACACACUCAGUGGCAAGAAGCGGCGACGGGCGUGUCUCGGAGGGAAAUACUACUUUUGGCGGCAAAAUCACUCGCGGGCUCCUUCAAGAAGUUGUUGGCUGUCUCCGCUGCUGAGGAAUAGAAAUACAAUUUAUCGUUAAAAUAUAAAAUAUUGGAAUAUUAAUUAUAUUACGUGAGCACAAAAUUUAUGAAGAAUCUACGUUUUAUUUAGUUUUAAGUAUGUUGUAAGUGAUAUAGUUUAAAAGUACUAAAAUACUUAUAAAAUAAAAGACCUUUUAAAGACUGAA